AUGUCGUCUGCAUCGUCCUUCGCUGCGCUCAAGGCGCAGAGAGACGCGCGACGCAAUCCCUUUACUGCUGCCGCUGCGGGUGAUAUGGGCCCACCCGCCCCACCAUCGUCGGCUGCUGUUCCGACCCCAACGAGCAGUCGUCAGCCCCAGACCGCUCCCAUCUCGACGCAUGACGCUACGGGCACGGACAUCCAGGACGGCAUCAGCCAACGAGCGCCACCAUCUAUCCCGGCUCAGCGUGCACAGAACCAGAAGCCAGAGCCUGGUGCUGCAGGCAGUCGUGUGAGGUUACCGGACAUCCAAGACCUCGAGCUCCGCUUCGACGUCUACUCGAGCGAGCGCGCACUCUUCUAUGCUCCUCUGCCCAAGAACGGCCCAAGACCGGCCGACUUUUCCACACCAAGCUCCUCUUCCGCCUUUUCGCCCGCCAACACCUCGCGCUCCCUUUCCGGCUCGCUCUCGUACUCCUCCUCUCAGCUCCUCUCGAGCUCUUACUCGGCUCCAGGCGGUUGGGCUGCAGCUGGAAUCUCGAGCUGCCGACCGGGAGACGUACUUCUCCGUGUGCGUCCUGAAGUGGCAGUCCUCUCCACCGCUCUGCUCGAUCAGCGCUGUUCGGCGUGCUAUUCGCCUCCCAUCUCGGACGCCUCAGCCGCUGGUAAACUGCAGCGAUGCUCUGCGUGCAAGGUGAUCCGCUACUGCUCGUCUGCUUGUCAGAAACGCGAUUGGCCUGCCCAUCGCGACGAGUGCAAGGCGCUCAAAGCCAUCCAGCAGCUUCACACCUACCGCACAGCUCUGCGUCAGCAGCGCGAGCUGGACAAGCGUCUCGCAAGCAGAUUUACCCAGAGUCAAGCAGCAAACAUGCCGUUUGGUGUUGGCUCGUUCCAAGACAAUGACGAGGUAAUGGCCCCCGCAGCUGCCACAGGUCACCGUCAGGGAAACGACAGCGACGGCGAGGAGGACUUCGCCAGCAGUCAAGACCGUCUUCGUCUACCGAGCUCCAUGAUGCGUGCGCUUGCUCGAUGGAUAUGGGCUCGUAGUCGUGUCGGCACGGGCGGUAAGGAUAAGGUUAGAGGCGAUGGCGGUGACCUGCUCGAGCUCUGCUCGCAUCGCGAACGAUUCGCACCGGAGCAGCUUCAGCAACAGGCACAGCUCGCCAUCCACCUCGCGCAGUACCUUACCGCAGCUGCGCGUGCCACAGCGACGUUUGCACCCGUCUCCAAGGGCGGUGAGGCCAAUUUGGACGAUGUGAUGCAACCCGACGCCACCUUUUCACAGGGUGACGCAUUGCGAACGCUCGGCAUCGACUCGGCCACCGAACUGCUCGACCUGGUGUGCCAGUUCUCGAGCAACUCGUUCACGCUCACCGACAGCGAUCUCAACCCCUUGGGAGUAUGCAUGCAUGCCAGCAUGGCCAUGAUCAACCACUCAUGUACACCCAACGCCGCCGUGGUGUUUCCGUUUGGCGGUGCUGCCAAGAGUGGCCAGCAAAAGUGGAGGGAUGGAGAAGACAAGAUCAUGCAGCUGGUGGCGUUACGUGCGAUCGAACCGGGCGAGGAGCUGCUCAUUUCGUACGUCGAUAUUGCCGACACGUACGAAGAGCGACGCAGCUACCUCAAGAAGCGCUACUGCUUCGACUGUCGAUGCGACCUGUGUCGUCAGAGCCAUGCCAAGCUGUCACCGGUCAGCUCGCAACAUCCCUUUGCGUCGCCGUUGUCCUCGUCAUCGUCGUCUUAUCAGGGAUUUGGGGUGCGUCCUCCGCAGCCUUCCAACUGGAUUGACCCUCGACGUGCAGUGUGGUGUCCGCAACGGUGUGGUGGCUGGAUCGAUGGAUCUCCGUUCGAGUCGCAAGUCAAUGUUGCUGCCAAGUGCAACAAGUGUCAUUUGCUGUCCAAUCUGACUCCGUCCGACGUGGCAGAAGAUACCCGUCAGGCGCGAGAGGUUCUCGCGCAAGCAUCGCAAGUGUCAGCCAGGGGACAGGCUGAGGCAGCUUGGACACGAUGCGCAUCGGUGUUGCCGUUGCUGGUGGAGCGAUAUCCGCCUUCGUGGCAGCCUCUGUUCCAGCUGCUGAGACUGGCGACAACGUGCUUGAUCGAAGCGGGUUCGUCGUUGCUGACGCAGCCGUCCGAGCUUGCCUCAAAUAUCGAGGCCGCAGUGUACUGCUUUGAUGAAGCUGUAAGGAUGCAGAUGAUGGUGGUAGCAGGCACACAGGCGUCCAGCACGCCCAUUUACCCCAAGGGCCACCCGGCGAGAGCCAUUGCUGUGGCGACGUUGGCCAAGCUGGUGCUGGCGCAGUUUGAUCAUCCGCAUCGUCUCGAUUCACAGCGAACCAACGAGGAGGCUCUGCAAACAGGAACAGCCGUAAACGUCCCAGUCUGCCGAGCCGCCGUCGAGCAGACAGCCGCUCAAGGUGGCACAACACUCUCUAUCCUCCGAGACCCACCCAGCGUGCCUCACGAGAUGCGCGUUGAGCUGGCCAAGCAGGUGCUCACCCAGGCCAUCGACGAGCUCGACAUUGGCUUUGGACGCUCCAACCAAGGGGGCUGCACAGGUCGAGAGAUGCGCACAGCCCUCAACGGCAUGCAAACCGAGCUGGCAAUGCUUGCUGCCCAGACCAGCUCGUUGUCCGUGUCGUAG